AUGGAAAGAGCUCGUUGGCUGAUCCUCGUCGCCCUCGGCCUGCUGGUUUCUUCAACGCCGUCGCUCCCGUACGUACUGUCAUUUACGGGCGAUUCAUGGCACGCCACGCCCUUUGAGGGAAGCGAAGACUUUUUGGGUAUUAUUUCCAGACUGGCGAUUGUUGCAACGUUGAAACGAAAUGCGAGGGACUGGUACGAGGCUACCGGUCAUUGUUCGUUGCCAGUGGUUGUCAACAACGUCUUCAUGUCGAAUCUUGCUUGUGUCUGGCUAUGUUGUUUGUCGACCCUUGCCGUCUGCGUUUCCGGCCGAGGGCGCGGCACCACCUCCAGCGACGCACAGGAGCACAAAUCAUUCGGGCAUCACUCAGAGGCAGCUCUCGGAGCAGACGCGUCCGGCAGUCGAGAACAACAGAAGAACAGUCGCUCUUCACCCAACCAGGGAAGUCGAACUCCCUAG